AUGUCUGAGGAGCCGGGCAAAAUUAAACGAUUUAUCCGGUCGACAUUGGGUUUCCGCAAAAGUACACUGACCGCACUGGUCGUGGUCUCCUACGUUGUCGCCAUUCUUAUCAACCUUUACUUUGACAAGGUUUCCCUAACUCCACCAGAACCUACUCCUAGAAUUCUGGGUACCGCAUGGCUUGACUUGCAAUCAAUCUCCACUCAUUUCCAUCCGUUUACUUCUCAUGCAAAUGACGAGGUUCACAAGUACCUGGUCGAAAGAGUGACCAGUCUUUCUGCGAAAAAGGAGUAUGUGGAGUUUGAUGACGACUACAAUAAGCUCAAGUUCAUCAUUAACCAACCAGACGUGUUUGACCCAGAAUCUCUGGCCAACAGAAUCAUCUACUUUGAAAGCAGUAAUGUUGUGGUGAAAAUUGAAGGCAAAGACCCUUCGUUGCCAGGAGUUCUCGUUAGUGCCCAUUACGACUCUGUUCCUACUGCUUAUGGAACAACAGACGAUGGAAUGGGAAUUGCCUCUAUUUUGGGCAUUCUCGAACACUAUUCGUCAGACGAGGUUGAACAGCCAGAACGUACCAUCAUCCUCAACUUCAACAACGACGAGGAAUUCGGACUUUUGGGAGCUGAAGCGUUUGUCAAGCACAAAUGGUUUAAUUUGGUCAAGUAUUUUGUUAAUUUGGAAGGUACUGGUGCCGGUGGCAAGGCAAUUCUGUUCAGAAGCACGGAUGUUGGAGUUUUAAGCUACUAUUCGGCUGCCAAACGUCCGUUCGCUAACUCCUUGUUCCAACAAGGCUUCCAGAGCGGCCUCAUUCGGUCUCAAACCGACUACAAAAUCUACACCGAAAAUGGUCUUCGUGGAGUGGACAUCGCUUUCUUCAAGCCUAGAUCUCUCUACCACACGAUGAGAGACUCAAUUGCAGGAACGACUCUCGGGUCGCUCUGGCACAUGGAGUCCAACGCACUGAGUUUAGUGGACGCCUUGGCAAACGAGAAAGACGACGUUAGUGACGACACUUCCGCAGCCGUGUUUUUUGACGUUUUGGGCAUAUUCUUCUUUUACUGCUCGGUCAAUACUCUCUACGUGCUGGACAUUCUGAUUGUCAGUGUGGUGCCGGUAGUGACCAUUCUGUGUUUGUUCAUUGUGGCCAAGCGUGGAACAUGGUACGUUGAUUUCGGAAGAGGCUGGCUCAGAUACCCUAUCAGUUUGGGUGCAUCGUACGCGCUCACGUCGUUCGUGUCCAGCUAUAUCUACUUGAACGAUCCAAUUCUUCUUUCAAACGAUUACAUUUCUCCGUUAUUGGCACUCAGUGCUCUCAACUUACUGUCAAACUAUGUCAUUUUGAAUUUCGCAGCCUGGGCUCGUCCAGUUCACGACCAGAAAUUGAUCUGUCUUUUGGAGCUGAACAUCUUGCUCUGGAUAGGUGCGAUUUGGAUGACGUCCAAGGAAAAAAACGAGCAAAAUGUUGCUGGAUACAGCAUCACUUUGGUGCAUCUCUUGGUUUCUGCAUCUUCGAUUUUCGGACUUACAGCACUCAUGAUCAAGAAAAGAGCUCCUCGGUACAAAAAAGUUGUCAAGCCUAGAGUAUAUGGCUCUACAGAGGAUGAGCAGUCCACCUCUCACGCCGAGUCGCCUGCAGAGACGAUUCCCGAGUCCAGCGACUCGGAGCGUCAACAGCUUCUUGCUGGCGAAGAGUCUUCGAUCAACAAUAACUCAACCAUUGUGGUGAUUGAACACGAGUCAGAAGAGACUUACAAACAAAAGCUGAAGCACGCAGCUUUGCAAUCGUUCAGCUAUGACUGGUCUAUCCAGUUCUUGCUACUUGUUCCUUUGGCCAUUUACAUUAUCUUCUCUAACGGAGAGCUUAUUUUGCAAGCUCUAAACCAAACUGUGCAAGAAAGUUCGUACUUUGGCAAAGUGACCAUGCACGUUCUUGUUGGAGUGGCCGUGUGGCUUGGUGUUCCUGUGACUCCGUUCAUUCACAAGCUGAAUGCUGCUCUGGUGUUGUUCCUCGCAGCUGUUCUGCUCGUUGGCUCUACCGUUUCGUACUUUGAGACUCCAUACUCCUAUGCUAACCCGUUGAAACUGAGAUUUUUGGAAACCGUUAACACGGCCACGGAAUCGUCUCUUGUGAGUCUUUCCGGAAGAGCUGGGUACAUCGAGCCAAUGUUGCGCGAUAUUCCUUCGCUCAAGGACUCAGGCAACACUGUCAGUUGCAAGGUGAACUCUGAGCUCGACACGGAGAUUUGCCAGUACGAGGGUCCACGUCCAUACUUGUUGGACGGUACAGGAGCAAACAACAAGUACUCAAAUUACCUGAAUGUGAAGGUGAUCAAUAACUCAAACGAUGGAGACGUUACAGAUAAGUACACGCCGGUGGAGGUUGAUUUUGUGAUUAGUGCACAGGAUAACAGAAAUUGUAUUCUGACAUUCAACUCGUCGCACUACAACCCGAAGGACUCUGCACGGUCGAAGAAGGUCGCGUCCCCUGUCAAGCUGGUGACUCUGUACCAGAACGGCACGAGCUCAAGCCCGUUGUCUUCGAUUCCUUCUGGCUACUCACUUGACGAACGGGGCAACCAUCGGAUCAAGACGAUGAAGGGAAUUGACGAGAUCCAGCUACACAAGCUCAAUUGGACACAGCCACACUACCGUGUUGGCAUCCAAUGGCUACGAACGCCGUUUGACGACGACGAGGAUCCGCAAGAGACCACAGAGCUGGGAUUGAAUGUGAGGUGCUACUGGGGAGAGUACGACGAGUCUGUUCUUGUUGACGGGGAGAAAACACGCAAGGUCCCUGCACUGGACGAGCUGAUCCAGUACUCGCCCCGCCACAUCAUCUACAGCAACCUGGAUCGCGGACUUGUGGAGGUGGAGCAGUAUUUAACUUUGUAA